AAAGAAGGCGGGCCCCACCCACCGGCCAGCUCAGCCCCUCUCGACGCUCCGCUCUUUGGCUGAGAAAGAAGCACCCGCGGGAGUGAGGAGCGCAAGGCCCGGCCUCCAGGCCUCCCAGUCACAAGCGGCACAGUGGCGAAGGGGAGAUGUCGGACCUCGGGGACUGGUUCCGGAGCAUCCCGCUUAUUACCCGCUACUGGUUUGCAGCUUCCAUCGUGGUGCCCCUCGUCGGCAAGCUAGGCCUGAUAAGCCCCGUUUAUCUCUUCCUGUGGCCUGAUGCCUUCAUCAACCGCUUCCAGAUCUGGAGGCCAAUAACUGCCACAUUUUAUUUCCCUGUUGGCCCAGGGACAGGCUUUCUGUAUAUGGUGAAUCUCUAUUUUUUGUAUCAGUAUUCAUCACGUCUGGAAACAGGUGCUUUUGAUGGAAGGCCUGCCGACUACGUGUUCAUGCUGCUGUUUAACUGGAUAUGCAUAGUUAUUACUGGCUUAGCAAUGAAUAUGCAAUUGCUGAUGAUCCCCCUGAUCAUGUCAGUACUUUAUGUUUGGGCCCAGCUGAACAGAGACAUGAUUGUGUCAUUUUGGUUUGGGACUCGGUUUAAGGCAUGCUAUCUGCCAUGGGUUAUCCUGGGGUUCAACUAUAUCAUUGGAGGCUCCAUCAUCAAUGAACUGAUCGGCAACCUGGUUGGUCAUCUGUACUUUUUCUUAAUGUUUAAAUAUCCAGUGGAUUUGGGAGGAAGAAAUUUUCUGUCAACGCCUCAGUUUCUGUACAAUUGGCUGCCCAACAGAAGAGGAGGGGUAUCUGGAUUUGGGGUUCCUCCUGCCAGUAUGCGAAGACCCGCAGAUAAUCGCCAGGGAGACACAAGACACAAUUGGGGCCAGGGCUUCCGGUUGGGUGAACAAUGAAAAAAAAAAAACUUUCUGCUUUAUUUUUUUUUUCUUCUUUUCUGUGAGGAACAUCUCCGACAACACAUGGGAAUGUUCCUUGCUGUGGAGGGUAUUCAAGGACCAGGUUUGCUCUAGUGUUGUUGGCUCUGACCCAUUACGAAUUCUUGUUUGUUCCUGGUGGAAGACAACAUAACUGAAGAGACAAGAUAGAUUUUAUUCCAAACCAUUAACUUGUUUAAUUCACUGCUGCCAUUAAAAAAAAACAUUUUUUUUUAAGGGUGUCCAACACAGUGUACUUUCUAUAACUGCUCUCUCAAAGGAAUUCAUGUUUGUCAAUUGGUCUUCUAGGCCUCAUUUCAUGUAAGAGACCUACAAAAACCUUCCUGACUCCAAUUUGGGGUCAAAAAAGUUGUCUGAGACUUUUCUUCCUCCAGUUUGAAUUAAUUAAAAUGUUCAAGUCCACAGUAACGCUAAGAAAACACUUCAGGUAUCUAUAGUUGCAUUUCUCUUUAUUUUGGAAGCAAAUUUUUUUUUAAAUGGACUUUUGAGUGACAAGUACUAUUUAGCUAAAUCAAAUUCGAUUGGUAAUGGAUUCUACCUGGAACCACCAAGCAAAGGAAGAAAAGGUUUGGCUGACUAAUGCUAGUUUUUAAUUUGCAAACUUAUUGCAGCCGCUGUCCUCCCAGCAUAGUAAAUGUGGUGCAUUUUAAAUGCCCAGUUCUAUGUGCACUGACUUUGGAGCAAGUCCUAUUGAUCCUGAUUUUGAUAGGGUUUAAUCCUAUGCAUAUUUAAUUGGAAAUGAGAAAAAAAAUGUGCUCUGUUGCCUCAAAUGUAUAAUGGUGGCUUUGGUGUGUGUAUCCUAGCAUGAAGGACGGGGAAUGCUUCUCCUUUUGCACAGGAGUGUGAGGACAGACUGAAUGCAGAAAAAUCUCUUGAAUGAUUAAUGUAGAAAUACCUCUUUGUAUAAUGCUAAAAGCAAUAGGAAUCAGAUAGCUGAGCUUAAUAAAACAUACUAACUUCCUCCAGCAUUUUUCAUUUUUGAAUGAAACACAAGCACAUAAACAAUAUGUAGGAAUUGCUGAUGGAAGAUGGUGAUUAGCUUUCAUGUAAGAAGCCAGUGUCAUAAUGGGGAGCUGUUGACAAGUGAUGUUGGAGAAUGUUGCCAGAUGUACUGUGAUAAGGAUGAGUCAGACUUCUGUCUUUUAAAUUGGUGUUUCCCAACUGUGGUGAUUUCCAGGUGGGUGGACUUCCAGAAUUCUCCUCAAUGGCCAUGGAAUUCUGUAGUUGUAAUCCACACAGCUGGUAAUUGCAGUGAUUGGGAAACUGCUUCAAAUGAUCGGCCUUCUCUAGAGUUUGACUUUCUUUGACUUAAAUGUUUAUUAGACAACAAGACCCAUUAUGGAAAUUCAAGAAACAUCAUAGCAAUCCUAGUCUUCUCCUCAUCCAUUAAUUACAUUAGCUCAGGGGUGGGGAACUGUAGCCCUUUAAUGACUUGUGGACUUCACCUCCCAGAAUUCCUGAGCCAGCAUGGCUGGCUGAAGAAUUCUGGGAGUUGAAGUCCACAAGUCAUAAAAGGGCUGUGGUUUCCCACCUCUGCAUGAACCGAACUGCCUACGGUUCUAAAAUAGGGAUAUAAAUGAACAUUCAUUCAGUUCUGCUAGGAAAUGAUGUUUUCCCCAAAUAGGAAGUGUUGCAUUCAUAAUUACGAAUGCUUUGUUUUUCCCCCCUCACAAUUUCUUCAUGCGCUGCUGGCGCUCCUUCAAAUCAGUGACUGGUUUGAUCAACUGUGAUGAUGGAGUGAUUUGGCUGUUUAGUUUGCAAUCCCUUUAUGGUCUCUGAGGAAAGCAGAGCUUUGAUGAUGUUUCCAAUAGUGCAGUAGUAUGUAGACCAGGGGUAGUCAACCUUGGCUCUUUUAUGACUCGUGGACUUCAACUCCCAGAAUUCCUGAGCCAGCCAUGCUGGCUCAGGAAUUCUGGGAGUUGAAGUCCACGAGUCAUAAAAGAGCCAAGGUUGACUAUACCCCUGAUGUAGACAUUCAGUUAGCACCAAUUUCUUAAUAUUCUAUCAGGCCUUGGUUUUUAUUUAUAUCUAAUAAGCGGACAAAAGUCCCAGAUUAUGUUACUUGUAAUUGCUUGUUUUUUAAAAAAAUACAGGAACCCAAGUUUUUUUAAAUGUCAUUGGAUAAUCUUGUGUUUCUAUGAGUUGUUACCCAAAAUGACAAAGAGGACAGGAUGGUGUGCAUACCUCAGCUAUUGGUUGCUCAGAUUCUUCGGCCAAAGAACCAAGCAACGGUUUUAAAUUAACUUUUGGGGUGUUGCUAUGCAAAUUAGAAAGCAGUUAUGGGCUUGUAUAGUUCUUUUUUUUCCCGUCAUGGCUUAAUGCUGUGCUUUACAUGUUAACUGAAGAAAAAUAUUGCAAACAUUAUUUUGGCCAAAGCUAGCCUAUUUGUAAAGCAAGAAGUCAGCUGUUAAGAUCUAGAAUACACGGUAGGUGAAAUCCAAGACAAACCCAUUGCUGCAUUUUGAGCUACAUUUCUUAUGAUCGCUGCCUCUUUGCAGUUUUUAGAACACACACACAAAAGACCAGAGAUUGCUUCCUUAUAGAGACAAUAGGAAUGUACAUGUCAUCUUUUUAGAUUAAAAAUAAAAAGAGGAAUUGAGAUUAGAACAGUUAUCCUAGUUAUGUUGCUUUUUUAAAUUGAUUAUGAAUUCCUUGACUCAGGAGAAAGAACAAAAAUAAAUAAAUCUCCAGAUGAAAUUCUCCCGUCGUUGGAAAUAGUUAUUAUGAUAGUUCUUCAGAAGGGUAUUGCUUGGAUAUUACUGAGUGAUCCUUCACUUGGGCCUUUGUUGGAUUUCUAUGGAGGCAUGCUUCUAUUCUGUCAUUAAGCAACCAUGGGUGGUUUUCUCUAGGGAGCAUGGCACUCACAUAAAUAAUGAAAAAAAAAAUGGUUAUCUUCCCAGCAUUUUUCACUGCAAAAGAGGUGUUCUGAUGAAGAGAAUUUAGCUCUUCCAAUUGUGGGAACUGUUAAUGACAAUUUACCUCCCCUGUUUGCAGGAACAUGCAAGAGAUCAAUACCUAAUGUGUUCCACCCUUUACUAACAUAAAAUAAGAAGAAAAUGGAGAUUAGGUUUGCUUGUCUAUCUCUGAAUAACUUCAGAUAAUCAGGAAGGACACAUAAAUAACCAGGUUACAUUGUAUGUGGGAAUGCCUUGAAUAGUGAGUUGUGGUCUACAGACACUUUGCAGUAGUUCAGAUAGGUGAGGGAAGACAAUCCUAUCCUCAAAAUUGGAUUUGGUUCUUUGCAUCUCCACAUCAGCAUAUCUGUGCAUGUGGAAAUCCUAUCUAUUAAGGAGACAGCCUCUGUCUACAUUUUUCUCAAUAUGCUGGUUUUUCAGGAACAAUGUUUUCAUUCAAAAAAUGGCCUGCAACUAUCACACCAUAUUGCUUUCUUAAAUGUAAUUCACUCUUACCACUUUUCAGCAUCACUUUGUUUACCUGAAGCACUUUACUCCCAGUUUUAAGUUGAUACUGUCAAGGGCAGAUUCUGUUGUGAAACAGGUAACCUCUAUUUUUUUGUAUUGACAACUUCUCUUUUUGUAAACUGAAUUCUUUUUUUCUUUUUUCUUUUGGUUCUUGUCAUUGGUAAAGUUUUAAAUUAAAGCUGUAAAAGUGUAA